GCGAGUGUGCGUGUUCACUCUCCUCUUGUCUUCCCUCUCUCUCCUACCUACCCCCUCCCUCGCGCGCGAUCUCUCCCUCUCCUACCUCCGUUCUCUGCUGCUGUAUUUAUUUCCAUCGUCCAUUCACUUCAGUCUCAAACACCAUUGCCGUGUAGCUAAGCCCAUGCACUGAUACGAACUCACAAGAAAUUGCUUGUGUACUUUAGUGCAGGUUCUGUUCCUUGGCCAUUCCAAGAAGGACUCUGUUUCUUAAAAAAGCAGAGGAGAUGAUCACGGCAGCUGCACCGGAGGCGCAGCCGCAGGUGGCGGUGGACGCGGCCGCGGUGACGGCGGCGCCGGAGGUGACCGUCUUCCGGUCGAAGCUUCCGGACAUCGACAUCGCCAGCCACCUGCCCCUGCACGAGUACUGCUUCACCCGGGCGGCGGAGCUUGCGGACGCGCCGUGCCUCAUCGCGGCAGCCACGGGGAGGACGUACACGUACGCCGAGACGCACCUCCUAUGCCGCAAGGCCGCCGCAUCGCUGCACGGGCUUAGCGUCGGCCAGGGCGACCGCGUCAUGAUCCUGCUGCAGAACUCCGUGGAGUUCGUGCUCACUUUCUUCGGUGCGUCCUUCCUCGGCGCGGUCACCACCGCCGCCAACCCGUUCUGCACGCCACAGGAGAUCCACAAGCAGUUCAGGGCUUCCGGCGCGAAGCUCAUCGUCACCCAGUCCGCUUACGUCGACAAGCUCCGGCACGAGGUCUUCCCAACAAUCGCCAAGGCGAGCGACAGCGAGGACAACGUCCUUACCGUCGUCACAGUCGACGACGUGGCCAACGCUCCCCAAGGCUGCGUGCCAUUCUGGGAGCUGGUCACGUCCGCCGACGAGGGCUCCGUGCCGGAGGUGUCCGUAUCUCCGGACGACGCCGUGGCGCUGCCAUUCUCGUCGGGCACGACGGGGCUGCCCAAGGGCGUGGUGCUGACGCACGGAGGGCAGGUGUCCGGCGUGGCGCAGCAGGUGGACGGCGCGAACCCGAACCUGUACAUGCGGGAGGGCGACGUCGCGCUCUGCGUGCUGCCACUGUUCCACAUCUUCUCGCUCAACUCCGUGCUUCUGUGCGCACUGCGCGCCGGCGCAGCGGUGAUGCUGAUGCCCAAGUUCGAGAUGGGCGCGAUGCUGGAGGGCAUCGAGCGGUGGCGCGUGACGGUGGCGGCCGUGGUGCCGCCGCUGGUGCUGGCGUUGGCGAAGAACCCCGCGCUGGAGAAGUACGACCUGAGUUCGAUCAGGAUCGUGCUCUCCGGCGCCGCUCCGCUCGGCAAAGAGCUCGUCGACGCGCUCCGCGCCCGCGUGCCACAGGCCAUCUUUGGGCAGGGGUACGGGAUGACGGAGGCCGGGCCGGUGCUGUCCAUGUGCCCGGCGUUCGCCAAGGAGCCCACGCCCGCCAAGCCGGGCUCGUGCGGCACGGUGGUGCGCAACGCGGAGCUCAAGGUGGUGGACCCCGACACGGGCCUCUCCCUCGGCCGCAACCUCCCCGGCGAGAUCUGCAUCCGGGGCCCGCAGAUCAUGAAAGGCUACCUGAACGACCCGGAGGCCACCGCGAGGACGAUCGACGUCGACGGCUGGCUCCACACCGGCGACAUCGGGUACGUCGACGACGACGAGGAGGUCUUCAUCGUCGACCGCGCCAAGGAGCUCAUCAAGUUCAAGGGGUUCCAGGUGCCGCCGGCCGAACUGGAGACUCUGCUCAUCGCCCACCCUUCCAUCGCCGACGCGGCCGUCGUCCCGCAAAAGGAUGACGCCGCCGGCGAGGUCCCCGUCGCUUUCGUGGUCCGCGCCGCCGACUCCGACAUCGCCGAGGAGGCCAUCAAGGAGUUCAUCUCCAAUCAGGUGGUGUUCUACAAGAAGCUGCACAAGGUGUACUUCACCCACUCGAUCCCCAAGUCAGCGUCCGGGAAGAUACUGAGGAGAGAGCUGAGAGCCAAACUCGCCACCGCCGCGAGCGCUUGAGCUGUUAGGUUUAGAGCCUUGCCUUGCUUACAUGCUUAUCAUCUGAUAGUGGCAGGCCAUGUGUUCCAGUUUUUUCCUUCGAAAGAUUAUACCAUGCAAUGCAGUGUUUGCGUAUGACCGUGAAGCACGAUGUGCUAAGGUUCUAUGUUUUGUAUGCGAGAGUCCUCUCGAACUAGGGAGUGCUAUUUAUCUCGAACUGGGGAGUGCUGUUUGUUGGGUGAUGAUGUGAUAUAAAGAAAGAUUGGUUGAUUUUGUUCUCA